AUGUCUUCCCCAUUUCCCCUCCGCCGUCUUCCUCGAUUGGUUCUUUGCGAGGUAUUCAAAUCAUUGAGCAUCGGAGAGAAAAUCAAACUCUCCCUCUGCUCCAAGAAAAUCUUCACUCUAAUCUAUAAUGAUCGUUUGUACUCUCAGAAAGUUAUAGUGUAUCUGGACAUGGCCCACCAAGUAAUCAGAGUGUACUCUGAGAAUUAUUUCCAAAUUGGCAUUUAUCUCGAUAGAGAUAUCGACAAUGAUAGAGAAAUCCAACAGUGGCAAAUCAAAGGGUGUACUGUACCAGUGACUACCGAUGAGCCUACAAAAGUCAAUACAUUCUGGAAGGAUCUAGUGGAAGGAUUCUUGUGUGUCACACGACAUCUUAUGAAAAUAUUCCAAUGCAAGAUAUCAACAGGAAAGGAAUGUUGGAGGAACGGUUUAUUUCAACCGAUACUUUCCGAAUUGUUCGAUCAAAAACUGGAAUUCGAGAAGAUCACUGUUGGUCUGCAUGAAUCAGUCGAUCAUAAUUGGUUGAAUCGUAUCUUCUUCAGUAACUUGGGAUUGGUUGAAGAAUUAGAAAUCUUAGAUCUUCUGAGUAUUCCCUCCUCUUUUAUACCAAUCUUCCCUGCAUGGCCAAGACAGAGAAUUACCAUCAAGUCAAACGCAUCCUGGCUCACUCUGGACACUCUCUUCACCUGCACAUGUUCUCAUAUUCAAAUUGCGAAUACUAAUCUGAAAAACAAGGAGUUGAAUGAGAUACUCACAUAUUGGAUGGCUGGAGGGUUACCCAAUCUUGAAUAUCUGCGAAUCGGUAGUACCAAAUUCAAAUGGGAUGGAGAUCAUAUUCUCGGAAUGGUUCCGAAUGAAUGGGAAGACCAACACACUAUUCAAACUGAUGAUGGGUCGAAGACGGCCGAGGUUCAACUUUAUCAAUGCAAUCUCAAACUUUUGGUUUCUCAAUCAUAA